AUGACGCGUGCGGGCUAUUCGAUGCAAGAGAUCGCACAAGAAAUGAUUUCGGCCAAGUUGAACGGCAUCUUGGAUUCUCAAGAACACAACCAACUCCUAGCCGAAACGAUUCUUAAGCAGCUGAAGGCCGCCGGCAUGACAUGUAAGGAGGCUAGGCACGCGACGUUCCGUCCCAGGCAGUGCAAGGCCGCCGGCUACACCUACGAAGAAGCAAAGCAGGCCGGCUACGCCUAUUUUGAACUCCACUGGAACCGAGGUGAUGAGACGGAGAGUGUGCACCACAAUGGUUGGGACAUCGACGAGCCGUCACCUCAGCCGACGGGCACCCAGCGCGUUGUCCGCGAGUAA